AUGAGUUUAUCAACAACGACAGUCGAAAAACGGCUACUCGCAACUGCAGAACAUCUCAAUGCCUCUAAUAAAUUCCGUCCAGCGUCCGUUCCGUGGGUACAUCCCCAUUUGGAGCAGGGCGUGGUGCCGAUUAAAGGCCGCCAGCUGCGUGCCUCGCAACCCAUCCGAAAGGGCGAGCUCCUGAUGAUUGACGUGCCCUAUGCGCUCAUUCCCGUCGUCGAUGAUCCGGCCAGUAGCGAUAGUCUCCUGUGCAGCAAUCCAACCUGUAGUCGUCAGACGCAGCACAGUUCGGGACGAAUCUCGUGUCCCAAUCGCUGUCUCGCAGAUGUAGUCUGGUGCAGUUCGACCUGCCAGGAAGCUGAUCAAUUGCGCCAUGAAUUCGAGUGCACCUGGCUGCAGAGAUACGCCUCGCCCAUCCGCGCAAAAUGGGGCGAAUACGACUUCGGCAUGAUGUGGCUGAUUGUCCGCAUCCUCGCCUCACGCCAAACGGAGCGACAGCAGCUGCUUGAUGCCAAUAACGAAACGACUCAGCGUUUCAAGGGUGGCUGGGAAGCCAUCCAGUCCUUCUGUGGCUCGAUAGAGAGCUGGUCACACGCCCAGGUGCGAUCAUGGACAGCGUUGGUGAAGAAGUAUCUUCGCAGUAGUCCGAUCUUGCCACACGACCUAAGCGUUGACGAGAUCGUGGCUCUGAUCUGCCGGGAGGAAGCCAACUCAUUUGGCUUGUAUCCGCGGGAGACGGGUGUAUAUCCUGUUCCAGAACCCCCUGUCGACCGGGGAGAGCAGUUUGGUGCGGCCGUUUAUCCUCGAGCAGCGAUUGCUAACCAUUCGUGCAGUCCUAAUAUCAUGCAUAAACCCGAUCAUCACGGACGAAUGGUGUUUACUGCCUCGAAGGACAUUGCAGCCGGCGAGGAGUGCUGCAUAUCCUAUUUCGACUUGAGCAAACGCGUCGACCUUAAGUCCCGUCGAGAUCACCUUCAGGGUCUGUUCAGAUUCGUCUGCGGGCCGAGAAUGUCUAGUGUUUCUCGGGAUACUCUUGGGUUCGGUUUCUUUGCCUGCAGUUUAAGCGCCGAUAUGUCACCAGCUGGUCCUGGUGUGAAUUUAUACAAAUAUCUGAUAGAAGAGAUGAUAGAAAUGUUCGGUUAG